GCACCUCGUGUCGCAGGACUCAGAAGACGCAGGACGUUAAGUGAGUGAGUCAGAGGACUUGAGGUCAUAUAAUACACGUUUGGUGCAAUUAAACCCCGUCAUGUCUCUCGCGCGCCCCAAUGCGCGUCUUCUCUCCCGCACCAACCGCGUCUUCAGCUCGCAGAUUCGAACAUACUCGGCCCCGGGUGACGGUGUGAUACCGCCUGCAAAGAAGAAGUACGUACCAACUUCUGGUACCUACCCGCGCGGCUUCAAGGUCGGAAGCGCACAUGUCGGCGUCAAGGCGUCAAAUACCCGAUUCGACGACCUGGCUCUCAUAACAUCCGACACUCCAUGCGCGGCAGCCGCCGUCUUCACAAAGAACAAGUUCCAGGCUGCGCCUGUGACGGUGAGCAGGGACUUGUUAAAGGAAAGAGGGGGCCAGGGCAUCCGGGCCGUGAUAGUGAAUUCAGGCUGUGCCAAUGCCGUGACAGGCAAGGGCGGAAUCGAGGAUGCCAAAUCCAUGGCAAAGCACACAGAUGCUUGUUUCACCGACAGUCCAGACUCACCAGACUCGCCAUAUCGUAGCAUCGUCAUGAGCACUGGCGUCAUCGGCCAGCGGCUGCCGAUUGAUAAAAUCACAUCCAAGAUUCCCACGGCUUUCGCCAAUCUAGGCGACACGCACGACCACUGGCUAGGGACCGCACGCGCUAUAUGUACAACCGAUACAUUUCCAAAGCUCAUGUCCAAGACCUUCAAGCUACCGAGCAGCGAUCGAGAGUAUCGUAUCGCCGGUAUGACCAAGGGUGCCGGCAUGAUACAUCCCAACAUGGCCACGCUGCUUGGCAUCAUAUGCACUGAUGUACCCGUCGCCUACUUUCCGCUCCGCAGAAUACUCGCCUCCGCGGCCAACAAGUCAUUCAACAGUAUCUCGAUUGACGGUGAUACAUCUACAAACGACACUGUAGCUAUUCUCGCCAACGGUGCUGCUGGUGGGGAUCUCAUCGAUACCAAAUUUCAUUCUGAUUUUGAGUCUCUCAAACAGGUCAUCACCGACUUUUCGAUUGAUUUGGCUAAACUGGUAGUCAGAGAUGGCGAGGGCGCAACCAAAUUCGUAACCAUCAGGGUUACAAACGCUAGGUCGAUAACUGAUGCACGCCGCAUCGCGUCCAGCAUUGCGCGCUCUCCCCUCGUCAAGACCGCUCUUUACGGUAAAGACGCGAACUGGGGCCGUAUCCUGUGUGCAACUGGGUAUUCCACUGCCCGCAAUCCAGCGGUGCCUGAAGAGACAAGCGUAAGCUUUGUCCCCACUGAUGGCAGUGAAGAACUCAAACUCCUGGUCAAUGGCGAGCCGGAGCAGGUCGAUGAGGCCAGGGCAGCCAAGAUUCUAGAGGCAGAGGACUUGGAAAUCAAAGUCAGCGUGAGUAACACUCCGGGAAAGGAUACAUGGUUUUGGACUUGUGAUUUCAGUCACGAGUAUGUUACUAUCAAUGGUGACUAUAGGACUUAGAAGGUUAUGGGGAUAGAAUUCAAUGAAUGAGCGGAAUUUAUAGUGGGAAUAUCCAUACAAAAUACUAUCUGAUGAUAUGUCAAAA